AAAUUCACUUAAAUUCACUCAAGAAGGUUACGUUCAUCUAUCAUUAACAAGUGUACGAUCAUGUUCUAACACAAAUUGUAACGAUACAUCAUGUUUUCAUUCAUAUUAUGAGAACGAUAACAAUAGUAAUACCCAAAGUGACAAAGAUGAUGAUAAAUUACAUGUUUUAUUCACAAUAACCGAUACGGGUAAAGGUAUAUCACCUCAUUUUCUAAACACCAAAUUAUUUCAACCAUUUUCACAAGAAGACUCGUUAAAAGUUGGUACAGGUUUAGGACUGUGUAUAGUGAAAUUAUUAGUGGAAAAAAUGGGCGGUAGAUUAGAUGUCGAGAGUGAAUUAUCGGUUGGAACUAGAAUUAAAAUUUGGUUAAAUUUUAAUCAAGCAAUCAAUUUGUCAACCUCGAUCUCAAAAGAAUAUUUAUUAUACCAAAAUGAUUUAAUUGACAUGGAAUCUUUCUUAAAUAAUUAUGCUUGUGGUAACUUUGAUCCUACAGGAAUUCCUAAAAAGCCUAAAAGAUUAUCAUGUGUAAGGUCAAUAAUUGAUGACAAUGGUAGCAUCGAUUUGAAUUUGAUUUCACCAUCAUCAUCAUCUGAUGGUAAUGACGAUGGUCCAAACAACUACAACUAUUGCAAUAAUUUUUUUCUUGAUCUUAACGGCAAUAGUACUUGUAAAAAUUCUAAAAAUGAUAAAAAAAAUAAUCUGGAUAAUAGUUCAAAAUUAUUCGAUGAAGAUAAUUCUCAUCAUAAAGACGCUAUUGACGACACCUAUAAUAUUUAUCUGCCUCCUCCCAUGCCACCAAAUGAAACUGAACGUAUGAGAGCUUUAUGGAGAUUGCAAAUAUUAAACACUUCAAGUGAUGUGAAUUUUACUCGUUUAGUAGGUCUAGUAAAAGAACAUUUUAAAGUUCCAAUUUCAUUAAUAUCUCUGGUAAAUGAGUCAAAUCAAUGGUUCAAAGCUAAAGAAGGUUUGGGAGAUGAUGGAACACCAAGAGAAGUCAGUUUUUGCGGUCAUGCCAUAUUGCAAGAAGGUGACGAACCAUUUGUCGUUCCAGAUGCUUUACUAGACUGGAGAUUCAAAAAUAAUCCUUUGGUAGUAGAUGCUCCACACAUAAGAUUUUAUGCUGGUGCUCCUUUAAGAACAAAUGAUGGCUAUAAUAUUGGUACCGUUUGUGUUAUAGACACUAAACCAUGUUACAGUUUUAACGAUAAAGAUUGUGAAACUUUGAGGGAUUUUGCUAAAGUUGUAAUGAGAGAAUUGGAAUUAUGGGCUGAUAGAUUAAGAUUAAGGGUUAGAAAUAAGAUGCAGGAAAGUAUUGCUCAAUUUGGUGAUCCAAUCAUGAAGCAAUGCUUUCAAAAAGCUGUUAAAUUAAUCAAAGAUACCUUGGAAGUUGAUGCGCUCUACUUGCUAGAAAUGCCUUCUAUGUCUUCAAAACCUAUCAACACCUCAACAGACAAUCAUCAUUCUCACUCUUCCUCAAACGAAUUCAUCUCCUCCACUCUUUUUAAUAAUUCAUCUUCUCCUCAGUCAUCAUCACUUUUUAAAAAUUUGAAAUUCCUUGCUGCCGAAGGUCUCCUUGUCAUUUCUGGCGACGACGAUUCUCUCAACACUCCAAUGACCGUUUCUUUCUUAACCCGCUUAAUGGAAACUCAUCCACAAGGUUACACCUUUCAAAAUGGUUUGCCAUCUAUACCAUCUCUAUUCCCAAAUAAUAUGCAUUCCGGUAUCGUGGUGCCAAUAUAUGACAAUGCCAAGAUUGCUUUUGGCUUUUUAGUUUGUCUCACAAAAGAUGCUUUCAGGCAAUUUGAAGAUGAGGAACGUGUCUAUUUGGGUAACUUUGGUGUAAAUAUUGUUAGCGAAGUGUUGAAAAGACGUGUUAUUGUUGCUGAUAGAGCCAAAAGCACUUUUAUCAGUUCAGUUUCUCACGAGUUAAGAACCCCAUUACAUGGUAUUUUGGCAAGUUGUGAGUUGAUGAUGGAGGAGAGUAAGUUGAAAGAUUCACAGCUUGAAUUAUUAAAAACUAUUCAAGGUUGUGGCACAAGUUUGAUUUCUAUCAUUAAUAGUGUAUUGGAUUAUGCAAAAUUGGAAAGCGAGCAAUAUCGCCAUAGAUCUUUAUCAAUAUCAUCUUCUGUACAAAAACAAGAGAGAAUUGAUUUGGUUAAAGUAUUGGAAGAAGUGACUGAAGCCUGUGUUGUUGGUCAACAUAUGGAUCGUAAUGAAAGUCAUGAAACUGUUGAAGUUAUAUUGGAUGUUGAUACAAAUGAAAAAGGUUGGGUGGUUAUGGGUGAAGAUGGUCCUAUCAGACAAAUAAAUUCACUUAAAUUCACUCAAGAAGGUUACGUUCAUCUAUCAUUAACAAGUGUACGAUCAUGUUCUAACACAAAUUGUAACGAUACAUCAUGUUUUCAUUCAUAUUAUGAGAACGAUAACAAUAGUAAUACCCAAAGUGACAAAGAUGAUGAUAAAUUACAUGUUUUAUUCACAAUAACCGAUACGGGUAAAGGUAUAUCACCUCAUUUUCUAAACACCAAAUUAUUUCAACCAUUUUCACAAGAAGACUCGUUAAAAGUUGGUACAGGUUUAGGACUGUGUAUAGUGAAAUUAUUAGUGGAAAAAAUGGGCGGUAGAUUAGAUGUCGAGAAUUAUAGUAGGAACGAAUCUAUGAACGUCAACACCAUACCAAUUAUCACUACCACCACCAGUGUUCCAACAUCUACUAAUCUUAGAAAAGAAGGGACAAAGUUUGAACAUGAAACUAUUUUAAACGAACUUAAAGAAAAGAAUGUUAUAGUCAAGUGUGUAAAAGGAAAAUUUAAAAAAUCAAUUGGUCGUUUUUUUAAGAAUUGGCUUAAGGUUGAAAAUGUGGUUUACAACGAAGAAGAUGAUAAAACAAGCUGUCCAAUAUUUUUCAUUACGUCAUUGGCUAGACAUAGUAAAAUUAGUGAUAUAAUUGAAUCAAUCCAAAAUGAAAUUGAACGAAAAAAUUCUGCGAUAUUGAAAAAUCAAAGCCAAAAUUUAGGGCGAAACCGUAAAAGAAGAAAAAUUGUUGUUGUGUCAACACCAUGUGGUCCACGAAAAUUAAUAUCAGUCAUAAUAUCAUGUUACAAGAAAUUAAAAGAAGAGAAUAGUAAUAGCCUUCUUCUAAAUAAACAAAUAAUGACAUCUCCUCAAUUUCUUAUGACACCACCACCACUAGAAAAUGAAGGUAAUGGUGGUCACGGUCAUUCUAACCAGUUAUUAGAGAAAUUAAUUAUUGAUCCUCCAUUAAGUGCUAUUCCCAGUACUACUUAUUCAUUGAAAAAACGAAAAAAUAAUGAUAUUUUAUUUGAAAAUCAUCAUCACAACACAAAUUAUUUAGUUCCAAUUUCACCAACUUCACCAAUUUCACCAACAACAAUAACUUAUAAUAAUAAACUAAUACAUCCGCUUUCUUCUUUUUUGCGAUCAUCUUCCUCCUCUAACCUAUUGCGGAAUUUUUCAACUCCAAUCUCUCCAUUCUCCGCUUCCUCAUAUUCAAUACAGCGUUUUUUCAAAAAUGUAGUUAAAAUCAUCCUAUUAACAGCAUUGUCUUCUACGAUAAGCACUAUUGGAGAACGAGGAGUUGGUGGUGGUUGA